UAAUUUUUUUUUGUGAAAAAGUAACAUAUUGGUAACUUAUCUCCAUUAUAAGUAACCAAAAUUAGGGUUGGGCAUAAAAUCCGAAAAACAAAAAAAACCGUGUACACCGACCUACCGAACACCGAAAAAACCAAAAUCAAUUAAACCGAACACCAAAAAAAUAUUUAACGGUGCAAACCGCCACUGUUCGGUCGGUUUAAAAAUUUUGUGUGAACUGACCGGCAGAACCGAAACCGAUCGAACAGUAUAAAUAUAAUAAUAUUAUAUGAUAUAAUUAUUAAUUAUUAAAAUUAUUAAAUAAAAAUAAAAAAAUCUGAAUUUUUUUAAAAAAAAAACUUAGGGCACGGCACUGGAUGAAUCUCUUUCUCUUUCUCUCUAUCGUAUACUCAACCUCUCAUCUCAUCUCAUCUACACUUCUUCCUCUCUGUUCUGUUUCACUUUCCUCCCAGCCCAAACGAACGGACUGACCAGACUCACUCGGCGGCAGCAGCACGGGCCAGUCGCAUGACCGAGACCCACGCACGCGACUGCUUCACGGACACGGCUUAGCUGACCCUUCCCACUCUGGCAACUGCUUCACAGACACAGAGCUCCGCCACACUGAUUCGUUUCCAAGCUCAAACAGUCGAGAUACUCCACUCCAUUGUUGAACUACUUGAUUUGAUCUGAUCUGAUUUGUUUUUCUAACUUUAUUUUGUUGGUAUUUUUCUAUUUGUAGGAGUUGAUUUUAAGAUCAAGCUGUUCACAUCACACAGUAGAUGGGAAGAGGUUGAAACUGACAAUUUGUGACACUGGAGAGGUUAAGAACAUUAAAAAGUUCAUAUUACAGAGGAGCUCAGGGGAUCAUUCUAGGUGACCGUCAAGGAACCAAAAGGUUGAUCGUUCUCAAGGGUCGUUCUUAUACUAAUUCUCGCUCGAACCAGAGGUAAAGGCAAAGAGAAAGUCAACCGACCAUGAGUAUGGAGAGCAUGAGGCAACGCGUACAUGCCUGGUCUAUCUGGCUGCCACGGCCAUGGGUAAAGGGAAAGAAAAGCUCACCCAGCCUUGAGUGGAAAACUUAGGUGGUGUUGUGUACAUAUGUGCCCGCUUGACCACCACGGCCAAUGAGUUCUCAGAGGAACUAUGGGGUUCACCCUAUUUUUGUCGCUUAGGUCGGCGGGUUGUAAAUUUAAACUGUGUUAUCCAAUAAAUUAGUAUUGGUGACGUGGCAAAUAAUCUUUUGACACGUGGCUGAUACCUGAAAGCGCCUGCUAGAGUAUCGACCAGGAACACAGUAGAAGCAGGGUAAGCUUGUCUUACCCACGACCAGUCUGGUCGGUAGUUCCGCGUACAAGGCAACAUUUAUGGGAAGAUCUUUAUGAAUCCCGAAUUUAUCUCAUACAAUCUUCUGGAUAUCCGAUUAUUCAGGGAAGAAUAUCUGUAACGAUCUCUUGUGACCCUCCUUGAGCCUAUAAAUAAGAAGAGAUGGCUCAAAGGAGGGGGACCUUUUUUUUUUUGAAGCUUUUGAAUCUUAGGAAACGAUAGUAAUUCUCCAAGUAAAUCUGUAUUGUUCUUUAGUGAAUAGUGAAACUCAUUGAACUCUGGUUCUUUGAUCACCCCUCUGAUUUUAUAGCAAUAUUAUUCUAAGUGGACGUAGGUCAUUACCAGAUCCUGGGGCCGAACCACUAUAAAUUACUGUGUUUUCUUAACUUUUGUCAUUGCGUUCUUCUCUAUACAUUCGUCCAUAUCAAUCACGUUUUGACUCCGUGUCAGUCGGCUAAAUCUUGGGUCAACAUUUUGGUGCUUUCAUUGAGAGAUUGAUUUGUUGCUGUUAAGAAAACCAAUGGCGAAAGCAGGAAGGAAAACUAGGCAGGCAACCGCCGCUGCACCGUCGAAUCCACCACCUCCUCCUCCCCCUGCAAGCAUGGCGGAAGAUGAGCCGCAACUAGAUUUUGAAGAGGAGGAAAUGGACGAUGCGACACUGAAGAGCACCCUGGGCGUGUUGCAGGAAGAAUUGGCUAGUCUGAAGGCCAAUCAAGAAACUGCUGCAGAAGUUAUGGCGCGGCAGCAGCAGGAGAUUGAUCGGCAGCGUGCAGAAUUGAGCGAGAGACAGGCGGAGGUGGAUCGCCGCCAGACCGAAGCCAUGACCGCCCUCGAGGCAGCCUUGCUGUUGGCUAGAAAUCAGGCCGCACCUGCCUCGCAGCCUGACCAACCCGCGAAUGGACCACCCCAGAGGGCUCCCAAUCCUAGCCCACCAAUUCAGCCUUCAAGUCCUCAAAGGCCCGAGCAGCCUCAGACACCCCAUGACGAUGUCCCGUUGGACCCUGAGGAAAAUCCACCAUCCCAAGCUGCUCGGGGUAAUCCCCCGCAGCAAAGGCAGAAUAGGGCCGAGCGUCAGCCUCGUAGUCCUAGACGCCAUGAGAAUGAUGGGCCAAACCAAGCAAACAGAGGUCAAUACCCUCCUGGUAUUAGGAUGGACUCGAAGCUAGGCUCUGCGGUCCGUGGACCCCCACGGCAUGAUAAUGCACGGGGACACCGCAACCAGUGCAAGCCACCCUCUAACGCUCGGGGCGUUUCUGCUAGAGAUGGGAAUAGGGGGAACAGUCAGUCUCACCACAGCCAGUCAAGGUUCAGAGAUGGCCACGGAUACAAUGAGGCCGACUCAGGCAAGGGAAAUGCUGCUGGGAGGAAUGGAGAAAGAGGUAAAGGCAGGAGCCAAGUACCUCAAGGUUACCAGCCAAAUCGACAAGAUGCUGGGGGGCAGCCCAGACAAAAUAAUGUCUUCAACCGGCUCGGAGGUAGCGAGCAGCGAAGAAGAGAAGAGGACCUGAUAGAUGUACUGAAUGAUCGUCACGAGAGGCACGGCGAAAACCUCCCCCAGCCACAGAGGCCACCGCAAUUCCUGCCGCAGUGCAAGCCCAGAUAGACGCACUCAAUCAGGCUGUGCAGCAGCUAGUCGGAGGAAGAACUUCUUAUAUCGACCACGACAGGAGGAAAGGUACUCCUUUUGUCCAGAGGAUAGCUAACGCCAAAACUCCCAGCAAGUUCAAAAUGCCUACGCUCCCGAACUUUGAUGGAUAUGGGGACCCAGUCUCGCAUGUAAAUAAAUUUGAAAUUCAGAUGGACAUUCAGAAAGUGUCCAAAGACGCUCGGUGCAGGAUCUUCCCUGCAACACUUUCUGAAGCAGGGCAUGAGUGUUUUUUUAAGUUCCCGCCUGCAAGCAUAGUUUCUUGGGAAAUGUUUGUAAGAGAGUUUUACGGGCAGUUCUAUGCGGGUCGUGUGCACCCAACCGAAGCAAACCAGCUGGUCGAGAUUCGCCAGCAGGACGGAGAGUCAGUGAAGGAUUACGUCCAGCGCUUUAUGCGAGCGGCGGCUGGAGCGAAAACAGUAGGAGACGAAGGCAAGAUGAUGGCCAUUACCGCAGGGGUAAAGCGUUGCUCUCCCCUCUGGAAGAGUCUCCGAAAGAAAGGAGUUAAAACGACCCAGGAGUUCUUGGACCGAGCUGAUCGUUACAUCAAGCUCGAGGAAGCCAUUGUUGAUGGUGGGAAACCCUCGAACAAGGGUAAGAAGGCCGUCGAGCCUGCCAAAGCCGCCAAUGGUUCCAAACCUAAUGGCAACGACAAAGGCCACGGAAACGGCAACGGUAAUGGCAAAAAUGGUGGGAAACGGCCGUAUAACGAGCCUUCCACCUCCGACAACAAACGAGCUAAGGGUAAUCGUUAUGAACCUAGGUUCACUAACUACACUGCCCUCGUCGAGUCUCGGGGAGAGGUUUAUCAGGCCACAAGCUCUAGUGUGCCUUACAAGAAACCAGGACCCAUUCGAAAAGGCAUUUCGAAAAGAGACACCACCAAGUUCUGUCGUUACCAUAACGACUACGGACAUGACACUAACGAAUGCAACCAGUUAAAAGACGAAAUCAAGUUCCUUAUUAGACAAGGACACUUGAGAAGGUACGUACGGGCCUCGGGAACUUCCCAACGAGAAGCUCCAGGUAGCAACGAGCAGGCGUCUACAUGCCAACGCUCGCCACCAUUACAGCCUGCCCCCGUGGCCGGAACACUCUUAACCAUCUGUGGAGGCCCGAUCCUUGCGGGAAAUAGCAGAAAGGCCAGAGAACGAUAUGUUUGGGCUCUACGUCACGACCAGGACAUCGAGAUGAUGACUGUGGAGGACCGUGCACCAAAAAAGGCUCGGUCAGAGGAGGGUGAGAUAACCUUCUCUGAUGGCGAUGCCCGGCACGUUCAAUUCCCACAUUCCGUUCCACUGGUCGUGGACAUCCAGAUGGCCAACAUGAUGGUAAAAAGGGUACUGGUCGAUACAGGAAGUUCAGUGAACAUCCUGUAUAAAUCAAUGCUGGAACGCAUGAAGUUGUCUGUAAAAGACUUGGAGCCCUGCAAUCAAACCAUAUACGGCUUCUCUGGAGAAGGACUCACCCCAGCCGAAAUGAUCAAGCUUCCAAUAACGACGGGUACAGCGCUCGCAACAAGGACAUUACUCACCACUUUUGUAGUGGUCGAUUGCCCUUCGGCAUACAACGCCGUUAUUGGAAGGCCCAUACUGGUUGAUCUACAGGCCGUCAUCUCUAUGUGGCACUUAGCCAUGAAAUUCCCGACGGACGCGGGGGUAGGACGCGUCGUAGGGAACCAAAGGGAAGCCAGGGAGUGCUACAACGCCUCGAUCACAAAGGUGAAGAGUGGGACGUCGAGGAGCACUACCCUAGAUCGAUUGCAGAUGGCAAUAGACACGCAAGCCCAAUCCGGUGGAGAAGUCACCAAAUAGGGUGUUGCCCAAAGCGAGGAUGGAGAUUUGGAUCCUCGCUUUGGGGAUUUUGAAGAAAAUGUUGGACCCGUCGAGGACCUGGAGGAGAUCCAACUCGACAAAAAAGACCCGACCAGAGUCGUGAAGGUUGGGAAGAACCUAGAGCCUACUAUAAAGCAAGCACUGGUGGAAUUCUUGCAAAAGAACCAGGAGGUUUUUGCCUGGUCACACAAAGACAUUGUUGGGAUAGAUCCUGCAGUAAUCAGCCAUGUCCUGAACAUAGACAAAACAUUUCCGCCCGUGCAACAAAAGAGAAGGCUGCUCGAUAAAGAUAGAUCAAGAGCUCUGAAAGAAGAAGUCGAAAGACUUAAGGAGAAUGGAUUCAUCAGGGUAGCGUUUUAUCCCUCGUGGGUCUCGAAUCCGGUACUGGUCCCCAAGCCUAAUGGCAAGUGGCGUACCUGUGUGGAUUUUACGGACCUCAAUAAAGUCUGCCCAAAGGACUGCUUCCCGCUCCCAAGGAUCGACCAGCUGGUCUGGUCGAUGCAACUACAGGACAUGAGAUCCUCUCGUUCAUGGAUGCAUAUUCAGGCUAAAACCAGAUCAGCAUGCAUCCCCCUGACGAGGAUCACACCAGCUUUCGGACCGAUACGGGCUUAUAUUGUUACAAAGUAAUGCCCUUCAGACUAAAAAACGCAGGUGCGACUUACCAACGGCUAGUCAACCACAUGUUUAAGAAUCUGAUCGGUGCGAACAUGGAGGUAUAUGUGGAUGACAUGCUGGUAAAGUCUAAGAAGGCAGAAGGACAUGUGAGGGAUCUACAAGAAUGCUUCAAUGUGCUAAGCAAGUACUAGAUGAAGUUGAAUCCCCUCAAAUGUUCCUUUGGAGUCGGAUCAGGGAAGUUUUUAGGGUUUAUAGUGAAUUCAAGAGGGAUCGAGGCCAACCCUGAUAAGAUAAAAGCCCUGAUCGACAUGAAGUCACCGGAGAAAAUCAAAGAUGUACAAAGUUUGACCGGAAGGAUCGCUGCCCUGAGUAGAUUCAUCUCCAAAUCAACUGACAAAUGUGUCCCUUUCUUCAACCUACUCAGAGGCAAUAAGAAGUUUGAAUGGACGGGAGACUGCGAGCAGGCAUUCCAGGCCUUAAAAGCUCAUUUGGCGCAACCUCCCAUCUUGUCAAAGCCAAUCGAAGGAGAAACUUUGUUUAUCUACCUGGCGAUUACUGAAGUUGCUGCUAGUGCGGUACUAGUACGGGAAGAAGAAGGCAUACAGAAAGCGGUCUACUAUAUCAGCAAACGGCUGAUUGGAGCGGAAUUAAGGUAUCCGCCAAUUGAAAGGUUAGCAUAUUGCUUAAUUCUAGCCUCCAGGAAGUUGUGUCCUUACUUCCAAGCCCAUCCUAUUACAGUUUUAACCGACCAGCCCCUUCGGCAAGUCCUCCAGAAACCUGAGGCUGCUGAAAGAUUGUUAAAAUGGGCAGUCGAACUAGGGCAAUUCGAUGUAACUUAUUCACCCCGAGCAGCAAUAAAAGGACAAGUCUUGGCCGAUCUCGUCGCGGAGUUCACCGAACUCCCAGGCAGUGAGCAGUGCGAACAGCCUGAAGCGCCCAUGCCCCAAGACAAAACUCCUUCGUGGAAACUAUUCACAGAUGGUUCAUCUAACGAAUCCCACGCUGGAGCGGGAGUGAUAUUGAUAACGCCGGAAGGGCAUCGAUUUCACUGCUCAAUCAGGUUCGACUUCGCAGCGUCAAACAAUGAAGCAAAAUACGAAGCACUCCUAGCUGGAUUGAGAAUAGCCAGAGACAUGAGCAUAAAGACGCUUGAUAUUUACAGUGACUCUCAGCUAGUCGUGAAUCAGGUCCUGGGGGAAUAUCAAGCGCGAGGCUUAAAGAUGAUGGCCUACCUGAAUAAAACAAAGGAUUUGUUAGCCCAGUUCACAAAUUACACCCUCCAGCAAAUUUCGCGAGACCAGAAUUCGAAUGCAGAUGCCUUGGCUAAACUCGCGAGCGCGAAGGAUGCUGAUACCUUGAACAUAAUUCCAGUAGAAAGACUGAGUAAGCCAAGCAUAGAAGUGGCCGAAGCCAAUAUGGAGAUUCGUGUAGAUGAUACGUGGAUGGCGCCAUACUUGGAGUAUCUGACGAAUGGCACACUGCCAACAGAUAGAAACAAAGCCAGAACUCUGCAAAGGCGGGCCGCUAGGUAUAUACUGGUCGAUGGCAUUAUGUACCGAAGUGGAUAUUCAAUGCCACUGCUCAGGUGCAUUACACCAGAAAAAUCUAAGGAGCUCAUGAGGGAGGUGCAUGAAGGCUUCUGCGGAGAUCAUGCUGGGGGGCAGAGUUUGGCAAAAAAGGUUCUAAGACAAGGUUACUUCUGGCCAACAAUGAACGAGGAUUCAAUGGAGUAUGUACGAAGAUGCGACAAAUGUCAAAGGUUCUCCAAGAUCCCACGAGUAGCUCCAAAUGAACUAAAACAGAUGCAGAGCCCAUGGCCCUUCGCAAUAUGAGGGAUAGAUUUGAUUGGAUCCCUGCCAACAGGGAAAGGCGGAGUAAAGUACGCAGUUGUGGCAGUUGAUUACUUCACAAAAUGGGCUAAAGCUGAACCACUCGCAACCAUCACGACCAAAAAAGUUCUUGACUUCGUCAUCAAGAACAUUGUAUGCCGGUAUGGAUUACCCGGGAAGAUAGUUUCAGACAACGGGACCCAGUUUGACAGCGACUUAUUCACCGAUUUCUGCGAAAGGCAUGAUAUUAUUAAAAAAAAUUCUUCAGUUGCACAUCCCCAAGCGAAUGGGCAAGUCGAAGCCGUGAACAAAACUCUUAAGGACACCCUGAAGAAAAGACUUGAAGAAGCCAAAGGGGCGUGGCCAGAGCAACUGCCUGAAGUCCUCUGGUCGUAUAGAACAUCUCACCGAACAGCAACAGGGCAUACCCCAUUUUCCCUAACCUACGGAUAUGAGGCCAUGUUUCCUGUCGAGUUAGAUCCCCCCUCACAUCAGCGUUUGACUUACGACCAGGACGUGAACAGUCAGCUGAUGAUGGAGUCCCUAAACUCGAUCGACGAGAUACGAGAAAAAUCUCAACUCCGAGUUGCUGCAUACCAGCAAAAAGUCGCCCAGUACUUUAACUCCAAAGUUAAAGAAAGAAAAUUCAACGUCGGAGAUUUGGUGCUACGACGAGUUUUCUUAAAUACCCGCGACCCCACUGCUGGAGUGCUCGGACCUAACUGGGAAGGACCUUACCAGAUUGAAGAAAUCCUUCACCCAGGCACCUACAAACUUGCACGCUUAAACGGAGAUCUCGUUCCGCGCUAUUGGAAUGGAGAACACCUGCACAAGUAUUAUCAAUGAACAGCCCUUCUUAAAGGACUGGCUUGUUUAAAUUUCUCUUCUUAAUUUUUACAAGUUUUGCAAAGAGGGUUAGCCAUGUUGUAUGGCUAACUGCUCAUAUAUGUAAGAUUCUAUUUUAGAAUCACUCGUAAAGACAUGUUUAGUCCAUUUUUAAUACGAGAUUAUAAGGGACUGUGCUCAGCCAGUCAUUCUUGCCAACCUUUGUGAAUUUAUAUUUACAAGUAUUUGUUCAUUACGUGUGUUGUUUUGCUGUAUUACAAGUAUCAGUUUACUACGAACAGGAAUGUUCGAACAGGUUAUGGUCAAGGCAAGUGACCAAGGACCUCACGCUCCUCGAUCACUUGGGGGGCAUAUAAGGCACAUCAAUAGCAAAGCAUACUCUCAAGGUAAAGGGAAAGAAAAGCUUACCCAGCCUUGAGUGGAGAGCUUAGGUGGUGUUGUGUACAUAUGCGGCCGCUUGACCACCACGGCCAAGGAGUUCUCAGAGGAACUAGGGGGUUUACCCUAUUUUUUCCGCUUAGGUCGGCGAGUUGUAAAUUUAAAUUGUAAUGACCAUUUUGAGCUGUAAAUAACUUGUAAAUGUUUUUAUGGGCCCAUGAAUAGUUUUAUGUUUUAAAUAAAAUAUAUCAUUUCAUUUUGA